AUGGAACAGCUAGAGAAGGAGGAAUGCUCUUUUGGAAGUGCCGAAGGGAAAUCGAGCCCACCAGAAUCACCCGAAGGUGCUGAGAGCCAUGGAAAGGAUCGGAAAGGCCUACCAGCCCAGAAUGCAAAGAUCCCAAGUUGGACUAAGAACAUAUUGCCUGCGACAAGGGUGGCUGACGCUUUGCGCUAUUCCUGGAAUGCUGGACCCGGCACAGAUGGGGAUUGGCACCUCUGUUUGGAGAUGGAAAAGGAGGUCGCUGUGCAGAUGGAUGGCCGGAACAAAGAGCUACCAAAAUGUGAAGAAAAGGAGGAUAUGGAGGAGGAAGAGGCGAAAAGAACGGAUGGUCUCAAACAUCAUCUUGCAAAAGAGGUCACUGAAUGUGCCAAGUCUUUACCUCCAGAGGCAGAAGCUGCUGGACCUGGUGAUUUGCCAUUUUCAGCAAUGCCUGGAGAUGUUCCAGGAAAGGACCAUGAUCUACCAACUGAAUAUAUUCAUUCUUCUUGCCCACAGUCAGUAGACCAAGACUCGGUAGAUUCUAGAACUGUUAGUGAUGUGAAAUAUGGUGAGAAAGCAGGAGAUAGGACUUGGAAUGGUUCUUGGAGCCCUGCGCCCGAUUCUGCGGAGUUUGUUCCUUCACCGGUUUCAGAGACUUUGUCAGAGGCAGAGGAGAUCUCAACUUUUGAAGAUGUUCCAACAGUCAAAGAAGGAGAGGAAGAAUCUGCAGAUGUGGAGACGGAACUGUUUGGAAGCCACACGCAACAAGAAGAGGUGUCCGCCUUCGUUGCCAAAAUAGAAGAACCUCAGCUCCAGAAAGCCGCACGUGAAAGCCCUUUUCCCUCCUCCGAUCCAUGUACCUCUCCCUUGAGAAACAGCCCAGGAAGGCAAGAAGAAAACAUGAUUCGGCGAUCAUUGAAUUGUCCUUCCUUUCCUCUGGAAGCUGCUGAGAUACCUUCCAAAAGCAUCCCUCUUGAUAAUGACUCUGGUGAGUCGUCAGAAAACGUGAAAACUGGAGAAGAAAGUAAAAAUCCUGAUGAGGAUGUCGAGUCGCAAGCGAAAUGCGUUUCUGCCAAGCCGGUGAGGUUCACCAUUGCUCCAGCUUGGCAGCGAUCGCUCUCGGGAGGAUCGAGCUCGACGGACAGCGCUUGCCUUACAAGCUCUCCAUCUUCUCCUCCCAUCAAACCAGAACUGUUCGAAGGAACACCUCAACCGGACUCCGCUUUGCCAGGGUGUUUAUUCCACAGCCCAGAAAGACUUGAGAGGAGUAAAAGCAGCACCAAUUCCAUAACCGAGCAGCCCAACAAGGAACCGCACGGCCAGGAGAGCCCGUUUGGGGUGAGGCUGAGGAGGACCUCCUCUUUACUCAAAUACCAGAUGGAGCAGCAGCGUCAGGAGAGGCUAAAGCAAACUCCAUCGCCAGCAUCUUCUGCAGCCGCCACUGUCUUAGCCAAAGACGAACCAAAGGUACCCAUUUCUGAGACUCCGCCGCCAAAGAGAACAACAGGCAGCGUAAAAGGUUUGGUGGCAAAGCCUGAGAAGAAGUCCCUCAAGGCCAAAGCGGAAGAAGGGCCAACCAAGCAGCAGAUGAGCAGAGCUUCAGGUAUUCCUGUUGCAGAGACAGGACAGCUUCAGAAGCAUUUGGCUAAUUACCGUAUGUAA